UCAUUUACAUUUUCUAUGGGUCCCGACUAGUAGUGUAUCCUCCUGCCCGCUGUCGCUGCUUGUAGUCAACACUCCUCCGAGCCGUCCCACCUUCAACCUCAACCCGGGGAGCAACUGUACACCCAUGCUUGGACUGGACCGCUUUGCUCGCUUUAAAAAUUCACGAAGUUGACUUGGACACUUCACGAGGAGACCCGUGCGCCCCCGGCCUCUCCCUGUCCCCGCCCCCUCGCAGUGUCAUGGCGGAGCCGGACUACCUGGAGAGCCCCUGUGAUGAGCUCAUCAAACCCAAGAAAUUGCUCAACCCAGUCAAGAGCUCCAGGAAUCAUCAGGACCUGCACCGGGAGCUGCUCAUGAACCAGAAGAGAGGCUUAGCUCCUCAGAACAAGCCCGAGCUGCAGAAGGUGUUGGAGAAAAGAAAGAGGGAGCAGGUUCUCAAGGCUCAGAGGGAGGAGCAGGAGGCCCACAAGAAGAGGAGCGACCUGGAGAUCGAGCUGCUCAAACGCCAGCAGAAACUUGAACAGCUUGAACUGGAGCAGCAGAAAAAUGAGGAGGAGCAGGAGAACACGCCUGAAUUUGUCAAGAUGAAGAGCAACCUGCGCCGAACCAGACAGGAGGAGGGGGGAGAGGAGCGAACCACCUAAACCCACACCCAGGUCUGGAGGAGGGAGUGAGGAGCAGACCACCUAAACCCACACCCAGAGCUAGAUGAGGGAGAGAGAAGAUGACCUCCUAAACCCACAGGCAGGUUUGGAGGAGGGGGAGAGAAGAGGACUUCCUAAACUCACACUCAGAGCUGGAGGAGGACUGGAGCGGACCACCUAAACCCACACCCAGAGCUGGAGAAGGGGGAGAGAAGAGGACCUCCUGAAGCUACACACAGAGCUGGAGGAGGGAGGAGAGGAGCGGACCACCUAAAUCUACACACAGAGCUGUAGGAAGGAGGAGAGGACCACCUAAACCCACACCCAGAGCAGAGCUGGAGGAGGGGGAGAGAAGAGGACCUCCUAAAUCUACACACAGAGCUGGAGGAAGGAGCUCCUAAACCCUCACCCAGAGCUAGGGUUGUCAAAUGUCUUGAAAGUCAGUUUUACUUUUGAUAAAGAUAGUAACGAAACUAGAUACUCAUUUGAGCAGGUAUCAAUACUAAAAACGUCAAAGGACAGACAUUUUCCUGAAUAGCUUUAGAAUGAUCUUGAGCUGUAUAUUGAAUAUUAGGGAUGCACUAAAACAAUACUGUUAUUGGAUAUUAGCACAAAUUUUGGUGGAUCGAAUAGCAGCUUCCAAGAUAUCGGAACAGCCAAUCUAUAAAUAUAUGUAAUAAGACGAUUUAAUGGCCAGUCUUGGCCAAAAACAUCUCAUAGUAUUAAAUUUGUAUUUUUAUAAAGCACUUUUAGAUCAUUUUUCAUGAUUUUUUCAUUGGUUUGCGUUUAAAGGAAAUAAAUAAAAUUUUCAGUCUCUGCACUGGUAUCUGUUGAUAUCGGGUAUCGACAGAUGCUUAAAGGCAAAGUAUUGACAUCAGUAUCGCUUUUUCACAGAAAAAGCUGGAUCGGUGCAUCCCUAUUGGAUAUCAAAUUCUGUUGUCGAUCAUCGUGGUAGCUCAGUCUGUAUUGAGUAUCGAGCCUAUUACUUAGUAGAUCGAGUUUGAAAUAUUAACAUUUUGUCAACACAACCCAGAGCUGGAGGACGGGGCAGGAAUGGGACCACCCUUACCCACACGAGAGGGGAGAUAGUUAGGACUUCUCCAACAAUGAUCCUGCCUAGCUAUGGCACUCACCAAACUGUUCACCAACUCUCAUCCUGUGGUGUAGAGACAUCAUAUUUUUUGACAAAGAUUACUUUCUCUCCUCCUCCGGGACUACUUUUUCUUCUUGCUACCUGCCUUCACACAGCCACACACAGCUCCCAUUGCUCCCCCUGCAGGCCGGACCUCACCACUAACUGAACUUGUUACAGAAUACGAGGCAAUUUUCGAGCUUCCACGGACAGAGGAACAAAAAUGUCUUUCUAUGUUUUGCUGCCAUUUCUCUUGAUAUAAGUGUUGUCGAAUUUUGUUUUAGUUUUUUGUUUUUCAAUCAAAUGAGGAAAAGUGGACACUGGAUGGACUCUCAAAGCUGUGUAUUGUAAAGCCAAACCUAAUGUGCGUUUCUGUUAUUUAUGUUAAUAGUUUUUAGGACAUGUUUUAGUCGUAUUUUUAUUUUAGUUUUACCGUAUAGUUUUCAAAAAGCCAGAUGAGGACAAAGGGAGUGGUGUGACCAAUUUGCAAAUUAUUAUUAAUAUAAUUUUUAUCAACAUGCCGUUUCUUCAGCUAAAGUGAUUUGAAGCAUUAUGACGUUGGCAUGAGGGUGACCUUUUCUUUAUGUAUUCUGUUGUUUUGUAUAAAUAAACAUGUUAAUUUAA